GACACACCAAGGCCUUCGUUUCGACGCGCACACGAGAAGUGACGUGACACUACUUGUUUAGUUGGGAAUUAUAAUACUAACGUGCAACUAUGGGGUUGGAACCACAGACCGAAAAAGAUGCGCCUGAGAAGCAGGAAACGAUGGCGAAGCAAGAGGGCAUGUCCACUGAAGGAGCGGAGAACAAGGAACGUGGAAACUGGACUGGCAAAUUAGACUUCAUGUUGUCGCUUAUUGGCUAUGCCGUGGGCCUGGGGAACUUGUGGCGUUUUCCCUCUCUGUGUUAUCGGAAUGGGGGCGGUGCUUUCCUCAUCCCAUAUCUGAUUGCCAUGUUGUUAUGUGGUAUGACAUUGUUUUUCAUGGAGGUAGCAUGGGGUCAGUUCUGCAGCGAGGGGCCGAUAACAGCAUGGAAACUGUGCCCUUUGUUUCGAGGUGCUGGCUAUGCAAUGGUUAUAAUUUCUUUUAUCACCACAAUCUACUACAACGUUAUCAUCAGCUACACAGCGUUUUACCUGUUCUCAUCAUUUACGUCCACUGUACCAUGGGCAGGAUGCGAUAACUGGUGGAAUAGCGCUGCUUGCUCUAUUGCUAAAUCCGUUAACGAUACCUUUGCGGCCAACAUUACGACCAACAGUACGCUAUAUUUGACUAAUUCAAGUGCUCUUCUAAACUCAACGUUGCCUGCACGUAUCAGCCCUGCCCAGGAAUACUGGAAUAACUAUGUUCUCAAUAUCAGCGACGGCAUUGACAAUAUGGGCAACAUACAAUGGAAACUGGCACUGUGUUUAUUGUUCUCAUGGGUUGUCGUGUUUCUGUGUCUUAUGAAAGGAGUAAAGUCAUCUGGGCGGGUGGUCUAUUUCACGGCGACAUUUCCCUAUGUUGUCAUCACUAUACUACUGAUUCGUGGAGUCACACUACCUGGUUCGGCAGAUGGGCUCAAGUUUUUCCUCAUCCCCAAAUGGGAGGCUUUGUUGAUACCAAAGGUAUGGGGUGAUGCGUUUUCCCAGAUCUUCUACUCAUUAGGACCAGCUUGGGGGGGCUUACUCACUAUGGCGAGUUACAAUCGAUUCCACCAUAACUGUUUGAUGGACGCCCUGAUUGUACCUCUUGUAAAUUCCGGAACUAGUAUCUACGCUGGAUUGGCUAUAUUUUCAAUCGUCGGUUUCAUGUCUCAUGAACUGGGUGUACCAAUUGAUAAAGUUGUUACAUCAGGACCUGGUUUGGCGUUUGUAGCAUACCCAGAGGCCUUGGCUCGUAUACCGCUAGCUCCGUUCUGGUCAAUUCUUUUCUUCUUUAUGUUGUUUACGUUAGGACUUGAUAGUCAGUUUGGCAUGGUUGAAGGCGUAUGCAGUGCGAUCACGGACAUGUUUCCAAAUGUACUCCGCAAACGAAAGACAUUUUUCAUGCUGGGCCUCAGCAUUGUCAGUUUCCUUCUUGGGUUACCACUAGUUUGUGAGGGUGGUAUAUACAUAUUCACUGUGCUGGACUGGUACACUGGAGUCAUCUCUUUAUUCAUUGUUGCUCUCGUUGAAUGCCUGGUGAUUGGAUGGAUAUAUGGAGCUGAUCAGUUCUAUGAUGACAUUGCUAUGAUGUUGGGAUCACGGCCAAAUCCUUGGUGGAUGAUAUGUUGGAAGGGAAUUACUCCAUUGUCUAUCGUAUUUAUCAUCAUAAUGACUUACGUUGACUACGUACCAGUUUACUAUAAUGACUACCAAUACCCACCGACGGGUGAAGUGAUUGGAUGGCUGUGUGCAGCUGCAUCAAUGGUCAUGAUACCACUAGUGAUGGUCCAGGAAUAUUGUGUCAAUGGUGUGGGAGAUGGAUUUAUAGAGCGUGUCAGGUCGCUGCUUGUACCCACACCAGACUGGGGUCCUGCUUUACCCCAGUAUCGUACAGGUAGAUAUGCUCCCAUUAAUGAAAAACCAGCAUCUUAUCACCCAAUGGAACAAUUCAAAAGCAAUGGCACAAACACAGGAAAAGAUUCCGAAUUUAACGAUAUUUCUUCUUAUUCCACCAAGAUUUAAUUGUCAUGAAUAUAUUAUUUUCACAAACUAACACUUUUUUUUCUCGAUAAAACACAGCACCCUUGAUUUAAUUUCCUGAAGUAUAUAUUAUUAAGUACACAUUAUUUAAAAAGUUCUAAGUUUUGUAUUCAUUUCUAUUUCUAUAAAUAUCCGAUUUUUUUUACUAAACAUUCAUAUGCGAGAUCUCCAAUGCUUUACAAUUAGAUACUUGUUGUUGUUGUUAGAUGUUGUUGGUGGCCUUUUAGUUGAAUCGGUUGGAUGUGUAUCUUCAGAAUUCAGAAUAUUAAAUUGUAAUAAUUGUAUUUUUAUAAUUAGCUAGUAUGUGCUUAAUGUGAAGUGUCCUCUCAUAUUUGAGAACGUUAUAAUUAUGAAACGGUCACGUGGAAUAGAAUAAAUCAUAUUGUAUCACUAAGUUUAUUAAAAUCACACCAACAUUCCACUUUUUGUGUCACUCUGAGCUGCAUUUGGUCAUUGAAAUGGAAUAUUUUAAUAGAACAAUUACAGACAGUCAUAGAUUAAAUUGUGGGCAGGACAGAUCUACAUAACCAAACCAAUAUUCCACCUUUAUUGCGUCAGCACAUUGAAAAUUGGAACAAGAUAAACACUAACCUGGUUAUCAACAACUUCAGAAAUUUGUGUCAAAUACUUGUACCAUAUUGUAUCAGUUAAUCAUUAAAUAAUUUGUAUAUAAGGGAGAGGGCUGAUAAUUUAUUUUAUCAACUAAGUAAUACAUUGUAUAAAGUUAUUACAAGAAUAUUGUAAGGGUAUGCAAAAAAGCAGUAUGGUGAUCGUAUAAUAAUGUUUUAUAUUUACAUAUCAAUCGAAUGUCUAUUUUGAUCUUUUUUUCUCAGUAUUUAUCUGCCUUGGACAAUGAUUUACAAUGAUUCAUAUGGUCAGUUUUUAAUGAACUGUUGAGAUCUAUAUAUAUAAUAUAUGAUAUAUACGGUAAUAGAGGAAUUAAUACACAACUACAUGAAUAUUGAAACUUAACAGCACAAGCAUACAUUAUAAACUGCAGUGAAUUAUUAAAGAUAAAGCUCCUGAUGAGUGAGGUACUUGUACCUUAUGAAACAGUGCUGUUGAGUUUCAAUAUUCAUGUAGUUGUGUAUUCAUUCCUCUAUUACCAUGUAUAUUAUAUAUGUAUAUGUAUUAAUCCUCUAUUACCGUAUUUAUGCGCUCUACAUAUACAUUGUAUUGAGCACUUUUGUUUUGGAAUAAUCAACUCGCACAUCUAGACUAUAAUAUAUGAUAUAUAUACAUAUAUUAUAUAUAUAUAUAUAAACUAGUGAUUUUUGUUUAUACCAUAUUAUCACACCUUUGUAUUGCUGUGGCAGCAUUAUUAGUACACUAAAAAAACGGGUAUAUAGAAGUACUGGGACUGGUAAAUAAUACAUAGAAUGUAGUUGUCUUGGUUAUUACUCCAUAUAUCCAGACGUGUCUGGUAAUGACUCUUCAUCUGUGGUAUAUGAAUGAAUAUUCACACUGCUGAUGAAGACCAAUGGCCAAAAUGUCUAUUGAUUAAUUACCAUGAAUUUUAAAAUAUUUGUUUUAUACUUUAUGAAAUACAUAUGCCUUAAUUUGUUUCACAAUAGUUGAUUUUCCGUUAAUGCAAGAUCCUGCACAGUGCAUGAAAGGUGUGGAUCAAACUCCUCCUGCAAAAAUUGAAUGAUUUGAACUUUCAUUUUUUUGUGGUUCAAGGUUGAUAUGCCGAUCUUUUAGAGAGGAAUAUGGCAUUGAGAUCAUAAAAUGAUCAUAAAAUAUUUAUAGUACAUCAUUAAGUGUCAAAAUACCUAACAAAUAUUUUAGCGUUUGUCGCACGUGAUGACCUUUUAAGCAUAAUGUGGGAUCUAGCAGUGAUUGUCUAUUGGAAAUACUUUUUCUGAUGUGAAACUAUUGACUAGAAAGUUAAUGUAAAAUUUCGCAAAUAAUCAAUGCAAUAAAUUAUUAAUUUCUUCAUCUGAAAAGA